AUGGCGUCAAGCGAGGCGCUAACGCGCAUCCUUAAAUGGCGCGGUGUAUUCCAGAGCGCCAAGUGGCCGCAGCUGGGCAACGAAGUCGCCGAGGGCCCGGGUAGCAAAUACACCAACUUCUCGCUCCAACACAUCAUGGACAAGUACAACUUCCUGCCCACGCUCUAUACGCAGCGCGAGUUCCUGCUUAGUCUGGGCCACAAGAACCCGGAAAUCGUCCAGGAUGCCUUCCUCAAGAACGAGCAGUUCAACUACUACGUCCGAACGGACCGCCCGGAGCCCCGCGGCGAGAUUCCAGAGGCGCUUCGCUUCAAGGAGGAGGCCCAGCACGGUUCUGGCCACCACUAA